AUGUCCUACCACUACUCGAAGCAACAAUACAUGCCUAAAUAUCCCAGAGAAUCGGCACGGCUCCUCGCACACUACCAUCGAACAGUAUACGGUUCCAAGCAACACAUAAAAGCAUAUCAGGCCCCUGUAGACAAGAACAAGGCUCGUUCAUUCGUCGACGCGAACGGCCAUCUCUUCAGUUCUGUCCCUCCAGGAUGGACCCAAAUUGACACUGUACCAGGCUGGGCGACCGUAUAUACAGAGUCCGGCAAGCCAGUCACAGCUUCACGGAAUCAACUGACUAUUAUUGAGGAGAUCCCAACCACCACCGUGACCGAACAAGCACCUCCUCCCUCUGGAAGUUCCCGAUCAGGUUGGAGCUGGGUGACUGAGAGUACUACUUACACGAUAGAUAUAACGUGGGCGAGCGCUUUGACGGAGAAUCUAACGACCACGAGUGAGUCUACGACACAAAGUAGUGUCAGUGUUCCGUAUAAGAUAAGUCUUAAGCCGGUGAUUCCAUGGUGGAGCAAGACAUAUACUGAGUCAUUCCACAUCCCCACGACCACUGAGACUACCUUUAUCAGCACGACAAGUAGCACAGAAAGCAACACAACGAGUAGCACAUCAUACACUUCAAGCUCAACAACCUGGCCAUCCUCAAAUGCGACGAGUUCUCCAGCAGCCUCUCCUACACACGUUCAAUGGGCUGCUAUGACACUCUCGUUAUUCUCCUGUCUCGUAAUGAUCGCCUUGGCAAUUUUUGUCUUUGUCUUUGUGUACCGGAGGAGGUCUGGAACAUCUCCUAGAGAGAGAGAGAAUCGGAACGAGAACAACAUCAACGUCAACUUUGAAAAUGGGCGUUUUAGAAACCGUCCGCUUGCGGAGACUAACCCCGGUUGUGUUCCUCAGGGAUGGGAUGAUAUAAAGCUGUAA